AUUUAUCGCGCCAUCUGUACAAUAGUGCACAAAUGUUUGUUCACUCAUGGACAGGUUAGAUUUGUGCAGUUCAAGUUAAAUUUCUUUCAAUAUAAUAAUAUAGUAAAAGAGUAUAGGAUUUUCACAUUUUUACGGAUGAUGGAGGAAGUUGACAAUAUAAUUAUUCAUUCAUUGCGUCAAAUAGGCUGUGACAUAACAGAGAAUAUAACAAAUCUCAGUGGUUUUAACACAGAAUUGGUAGUAGAGGCAACGGUAAAAUGUUUAGACAUAAUAAGACCAGGACUUGGAUUAUCAACAAUUUUACCUAUAAAUAUGGCAGCCAGAUUUCGACUAGGUGCUACACUUGCUCAAGCAUGUUCAGAAUUAGGAUACAAAGGUGAUAUUGGUUAUCAAACAUUUUUAUAUAGCUCAGAAGCAGACCUAAGGAAAGUUUUCAUGUUUCUUAUUGAAAAAUUACCGAAAGAAAGUGAUAAACCUCUAAGCGAACCUGUUAGCAAUAUUGCAUUACUAGAAAAAUCUAUAGCAACUGUAAUAACACAGAGUCUAUCAGUUUCAUGGUUACCACAUUAUUGCCAUACAAAAGGAUUUAGAAAUAGAGGACGGGCAAGAAUCGCUUAUAAAUCUGUGAAUUUAGAAGUUCCAAAAAUGGACAGUAAAGAAGAAUAUCAAGAUUAUUGCAUACAUUAUCUGCAAUCUGUGCCUGAGCAAGUGCAAAAUGAAUCAUCACUUCUACCUUCUUUGAUAUCUUACAAUGCAAGAGCUCUUCAUACACAUUCAAUGAGUAUUCUUGAUCAAAUAAAUUGGUUAAAUAAACAAUAUUGCGAUAAAAUUAUUGAGGCUAAUAUAUCUGGUGAUGUUAAUUUUCUGAAUGGAAAUUCAAUAAAAGAUAGAACAUUACCUUCCAAACAACCUCAGAUAAAAGAUAAUGGCACUAAAGAAAUUAAGAUUAUAGAACAAAAAGUAUUAAAUAAGAUGGAAAAACAAGACUUACAGAUAGAAAAAAUAAAAAUAGAAUGUGAGUGUUCCAGAAAUGACAUAGAAAAAUUGCAAGAUGCAAUCAAGAAGCUAAGUACCAGUGUAGCACAAGUAACAAUAAAUUAUCAAAAUGAGGAGAAAGAGUUAACAAUUAAUGAAGAACAAAAAAAGAUUAAAGCAAGAAUUUAUGAUCUGUUUCAAGAUGGGGAAGAAAAUAUUAAGAAACUAGAGACAGCAAUUGAAGUUACUACAAGUAAAUUAAUCAAUUUAGGUAAUCAGUGGGAGAAACAUAGAGUGCCUCUAAUCCAAAAGUAUAGACAAGAAAGAGAAAAGCAUUCUACUAAAGCUAGUGUAAGUCAGAAGAAGCUCGAUGAUAUUAAGUUACUAAAAGAGAAGGAGAGAGAAUUACAAGAAGAAUGUCGUAAUAAAGAUCAACAAUACUCACAAUUAGUAAUCGAAGUUCAAAAACUCCCUAAAGAAGUGAAUAGGUCCGCAUAUACUCAACGAAUUUUAGAAAUAAUUAACAAUAUUAGAAAACAAAGAGAUGAGAUUAAUAAAGUAUUAGCUGACACGCGUGAAAUCCAAAAAGAAAUUAACACACUUACAGGCAGAUUAGAAAGGUCCUUUACUGUUGCUGAUGAAUUAAUAUUUCGAGAUGCAAGAACGAAUGAGGCAUCAAGAAAAGCUUAUAAACUAUUGGCCACACUUCAUUCUGAUUGUAGUGAACUCGUAAGUUUAGUAGAAGAAACAGGUGCGACUAUAAGAGAAAUAAGAGACUUAGAAGAGCAGAUUGAUUGUGAAGCUACAAAAAAUGUUGGAGCAAAUUUGGAAAGGAUAACUGCUGAUUUGAGACAAAUGAAACAAGAAACAGCAGAAUUAACGGCACAAUUACAGAGUAAAACUUCGUGAUUUUUAUAUAAUCUGUGAUAUUACGAUAUAUUAUUUGUAAUAACAAUGACCAGGUAAAGUUCCAUUAACACUUUGACUGCCAUGUUGGUCAUAUAUGACUGGCCACAGUUUCUCCUGUGACGCCACAGUGGUCAUUGGUGACCAGAGCGCUUGAACUUCUUACAAUUGUAAAAUGUAUGAAAAUUGACAGUUAGGGCAUUUUGAAUAUAACCGAUAAAUAGAAGAUACUUUGAAACAAAAAGUGCCCCAUUGAACAAUUAAACACUUUUAUUAGAAUAUCAAUAAAAGAAAAUGCGAACAAAUCUUGCAUCUAACACUGCACUGUGUUUGCAUCCAUAUCUUUGAGGGGUAAUCUACGAAUAUUAUUAUAAACACAGCUUAGAAAAUAAUCGUAAAUGCUGCUUUAUAAUCAUAUAUAUAAUUGAAGUUAGAAGUGUGCACAUACCUUACUAUUAUAUAUAGAAUGAGCAAAUACUGUUUACUAAUAUCUUCUACACAUCUCAACAUCUGAACGUUUUGCUUACAACGAAAUGACAAAGGCGAAUGGUUUGUUGAAACCAACGAAGCCUUGUUAUAAUAUGUCGCUAUCAACUAUUACCAAGGCGCCACCUUUUGCCAUUAUAUGCUUUGAAUAAUAAAAAUACUCCCAUGGCGUCUUGAGCAAAACGUGUGAUUUCGGCGUGGCAGUCAAAGUGUUAAUGUUAAAGAUAGAAUGAGCUAAAGCUUUAAUUAGAAAAUUUUUACCAAAAGUGAAAUUAUAUUAUUGCAUUUACAGAACAUUCCUCAUAAACAAAUACGAUUACGAAGACCAAAUUUUAUAGUUAUGCAGGAUUUGAUAUAUUGCUGCCUAUAAAAUAGUUUUUAACAGUUAUUCUAAAUUUAAAAGUAACUGUUAAAACUGUGCCUUGGCCCAAAGUUGUGUGUAACGUAAAAUUAUACGUAAUUCGCUAAUCGUGUUUAUAAGAGGGCCAAGAUGUGACAUAAAUGGAUUCAAUAUCAACGCUCAAACGGAACGUUAUUUGCUACAAAGCCUAAUAAUUUUUUUAGCAUAAACUUUAAUUGUACAGUUAACUUCCAUAUUUCUAAGAAAUAAGUGGCUUUGGAGAUAUCCGCUAUAAACUUACAUAAUAAACAUUUAAGAAAAUACUUUAAGGAAUUAUGUACAAAAUAUGAGAGAUAAAUAAUGUGAUACAUA